ACUAGUGCAUAGCAUGCGCAUAUAUUUCUGUGCGUCUGCGAUUGCGCACGAGAGAGAGGCGUCGUGUGGACCUACAGAACCUAACUGCUCAUUAUUAUACUGGGGCGAUUAAAGUAUUGUUGGUGCCGUGAAAUACAAUGAAUGCAAUAGUUAAUGUGUGUAGAUCUGCAGCACCUCGGAAUUUAUCAGUUCAGUAUGAGAGUAUACGUAUGGCACGGAGGAAACCAAGACAUUUACCUAUGGCAAAAAGCAAAAUGUUUCGAGUACCAGAAAGAAAACGGCUUCCAGAAGAAGAAGAUUCAGAACUUUUGCGACUGCAUAACAAUUACAAGACUUACAUUAAAAGUAUUCGAGCUUUCCUGAAACAAGAACUAGAAAAAUCAGCAUCGGCUAGUGAGCAAGCUCAGGAGGAGCUAAGAAGAGAGAGAGAGCAGCAUGUUUUAUGUAUGAAGGAAAAUGAUGCCUGGAAUGUAGAAGUAGCAAAACUGCGGGCAGUUCGACUAGCAAAACAGGAGCUGGCUGAGAAAGAAGCAAUUCUUGAUGCUAUCAUAAAACAUGAACAGCAAGAAAAAGAAUACUUGGAGAAAGUAGAAGACUUUGUUUCCAAAGAAAAGGAAAGAUCUAAACACUACAUCACUCCUGAAAAUAUCGAUGAAGCCAUAGAAAAGGCCCUAGACAAUGAAGUUGACUACAAUUUUUCGUUGGAUGUUGAUGGUACUGUGUAUCAUGGCAGAAUGACAAAGCCUGACAUUGCAAGGGAGACUGGGGAAAAGAUGGUAGUUAGCAGUAGAUCUUGAUAAUGAUCCAAAAUGUUGUUGUUGCUUUGUAUAUAGUUUUAAAUAAUGUACUUGGACACAUUAUUUUUCUCUGUCUGAUGGAACAUUAAAGCAAUCACUGUGCAUGCAGAGUAAUAAGAUUGCUCCGCAAGGAAAAAAAUUAUAGUUUGUUCAGUUUUUUGUAGUAUUAGCACCAAAGAAGUUGUACAAAUUAUCCUAUGCUAAUUUUAUGGCAAUAUUUAAGGUGAAAAA